AUGGGUCCAAAUCUGAUUGAAGCACUUGUUAGUCUCGACAAUAUCAAACAUGAAGCUGUUCCUUGGAGUGUGCUUGGCUUUGGCCGUCGCCGUAUCGGCAGUGGAGAUCGCCACUCCUGACGCCGACAGCCCUGUCUUCGGCUACCACGCCAAGUUUGGUAUUGCUGAGGCUGCGAGGAUCAAGAGCGCGGAAGAAGUUCAGAGCUUCAACGGCCAGAGGAUCGUUGGAGGAUCCAUCACCAACAUUGCCAACGUCCCAUACCAGGCUGGUCUUGUGAUCACCAUCUUCAUCUUCCAAUCCGUGUGCGGUGCUUCCCUCAUCUCCCACAACCGCCUGGUGACUGCUGCUCACUGCAAGUCAGAUGGUGUCUUGACCGCUAACUCCUUCACCGUUGUGCUUGGCUCCAACACCCUGUUCUUCGGCGGUACUCGUAUCAACACCAACGAUGUCGUCAUGCACCCCAACUGGAACCCCAAUACUGCUGCCAAUGACAUCGCUGUCCUGCGCAUCAGCUCCGUCAGCUUCAGUAACGUGAUCCAGCCCAUCGCUCUUCCUAGUGGAGCUGAACUCAACAACCUCUUCGUCGGCGCCAACGCUCUUGCCUCCGGAUUUGGCCGCACUAGCGACAGUGGCAGUAUCGGUACCAACCAACAGCUGAGCUCUGUGACCAUCCCCGUGAUCACCAACGCUCAGUGCGCCGCCGUAUAUGGCUCUGGGUUCGUGCACGCUUCCAACAUUUGCACCAGCGGCGCCGGCGGCAAGGGUACUUGCAACGGUGACUCCGGUGGCCCUCUCGCUGUCGACAGCAACAACAGGAAGAUCUUGAUCGGUGUUACCUCAUACGGUGCCCAGGCUGGUUGCGCCGCUGGUUUCCCUGCAGCCUUCGCGAGAGUCACCUCCUUUGUCAGCUGGGUCCAGUCCCAAUAAUCUCCUCCUCUCUUAAACUUAUAACGCCUUAAUUACAUUUAUUUUACUUGAACAUGACGUACUUUUAUGAUAACCAACACCAACAUAGAACACUGUACGGGUUUAUUUCAUGGCCAUGACAGCGGUAUUUGAUAUACACAGACAACCUUACCUUGUGUGCACAUUAAACUUUCCCUUACACACACAACCGUACUUUCACAGAAAAAAUUUAAAAUCUUACCGAAAUACUGCUGCACUAGCUUAUAAACCUCAAAAUGUAACUUGAAUAUCAAAACCUAUGGAAAAUAAAAACAGCAAAACAUA